CUGGACCCACCAGGAGGUGGCCGAGAGCCCUGAUUCCGGGAGGGAAGUGGUGAGGCAGGGCAACCCAGGUUUGGGGAACAAGGGAGGGCAGAUGCAGGAGAGCAGCGCUGACAGGCGGAGGUUUUAGUGCCGGGAAGGUCUGGGCUCCCAGCAGGCCCGUGUGUCCCGCAGGAUGGCGGAGGAGAUAAUCACGCCGGUGUACUGCACCGGCGUGUCAGCACAAGUGCAGAAGCAACGGGCCAAGGAGCUGGGCCUGGGCCGCCACGAGAACGCCAUCAAGUACCUGGGUCAGGAUUACGACCAGCUGCGGGCCCGAUGCCUGCAGAGCGGGUCCCUCUUCCGCGAUGAGGCCUUCCCGCCGGUGGCCCAGAGCCUGGGCUUCAAGGACCUAGGCCCCAACUCCUCCAAGACCUAUGGCAUCAAGUGGAAGCGCCCCACGGAGCUGCUGUCAAACCCCCAAUUCAUCGUGGAUGGAGCUACCCGUACAGACAUCUGCCAGGGAGCACUGGGGGACUGUUGGCUCCUGGCUGCCAUCGCCUCCCUCACCCUCAAUGACACCCUCCUGCAUCGCGUGGUUCCCCACGGCCAGAGCUUCCAGAAUGGCUACGCCGGCAUCUUCCAUUUCCAGCUCUGGCAGUUUGGGGAGUGGGUGGAUGUGGUCGUGGACGACCUGCUGCCCAUCAAGGACGGGAAGCUGGUGUUCGUGCACUCUGCCCAAGGCAAUGAGUUCUGGAGCGCCCUGCUGGAGAAGGCGUAUGCCAAGGUGAAUGGCAGCUAUGAGGCCCUGUCGGGGGGGAGCACCUCGGAGGGCUUCGAGGACUUCACUGGCGGCGUCACCGAGUGGUAUGAGCUGCGCAAAGCACCCAGCGACCUCUACCAGAUCAUCCUCAAGGCCCUGGAGCGCGGCUCCCUGCUGGGCUGCUCCAUCGACAUCUCCAGCGUUCUGGACAUGGAGGCUGUCACCUUCAAGAAGCUGGUGAAGGGCCACGCCUACUCUGUGACCGGGGCCCAGCAGGUGAAUUACCGGGGCCAGAUGGUGAACCUGAUUCGAAUGCGGAACCCCUGGGGCGAGGUGGAGUGGACAGGAGCCUGGAGUGAUGGCUCCUCUGAGUGGAACAACGUGGACCCUUAUGAACGAGAGCAGCUCCGGGUCAAGAUGGAGGAUGGGGAGUUCUGGAUGUCAUUCCGAGACUUCAUGCGUGAGUUCACCCGCCUGGAGAUUUGCAACCUGACGCCCGACGCGCUCAAAAGCCGCUCCAUCCGAAAAUGGAAUACCAUGCUCUACGAGGGCACCUGGCGGCGGGGGAGCACCGCGGGGGGCUGCCGGAACUACCCAG